AUGGCCAAGUCAAAAGCACCGCCCGGUGUACAAAACAGACACAUCUACACCCGAGCCUCGUAUCUUUACCAAGCUGCCGCCUUUCUCGCGACUGCUUCCUUGGAGUCGCCGCCACCGAGUCAGGCUGCGUCGGCCGCCCCUGACGACAAGCCCAAGGACUCAUCCUCAUCACCCUCUCCCACCUCAGCGGGCGACUCCUCCUCUACCUUAGGUGGCAGGGCCCUGCGCAACGCCUCGCGGCGCCUCCUCGGCGACAUGCGCGCAGUCACGCGCAAGGCGCUGAUACGACAGCGACCCGAGAUCAAGCGCACCGUGUGCCGGCGCUGCGACGCGCUGCUCAUCGAGGGCCGCACGUGCGACGCCGUGGUCGACAACGCGAGCCGCGGGGGGCGCAAACCCUGGGCCGACGUCCUCGUCGUCCGCUGCCGCGCGUGCGCCGGCGUCAGGCGGUAUCCUGUCGGCGAGCCCCGGGUGAAGCAGGUGCGCAAGGGCUUGCGGGCCAAAGCAGAUGCAGGCGCGCAACAAGUCGGGGCUUCUGGGCAAGAGACAAAAUGA